CCAGCAGCUCUGCGACUGUGCGCGUGCGUGGUGCGGCGGCGCCCGUCCCACUCACCGUCCGCCCCACCUGCUGCCGGCCUGCCGCCCCAAUCGCCCACUACUACGGAUAACACAACGGAAGGCGGACGCCGAUGGCCGCCGUGGCAAGCCCCGCCCUCCGGCUCCGCCCGAGGGCCGCCUACCCGUCGGCGCCCGCCUCCUCCGCCUGUCCUCGCUGCCGAUUCGGCUCCCUUGCUUACUCCUGUUCCAAGUUUGCGAGGCCAUUUCCAAUUCAGAGAGUCAAUGGAAGUACGACACAGCAUUUAGGUACUCUAAAAGGCCAAGUUUUAAGCAGAGCAGGCAACCAUGAUGGAAGGUUUCAUAUUAAGCCUCCUAUAUUCUUUGCUGCUACUGAUAAGCAGGAGCCAGUCGUUUCACUUACCUCGGACACGCUGGUUUCACAAGAGACAGAAAGUGAUGCUAAAGUGGCCCCUGCAUCUGAAAGCUCUUCCUACUUCACUGGCAGAGGUGCUGGAAAACCAGGAUUCAUCUCGUUUCAAGGAAGGAGCUUCCAAAAGACAACUGUGGAGAGUGUGCCGCAUCCUGGCAAGGAAGCAUCUAGAUUAGUUUGGUUUAUUGGCCCAACUAUCCUUGUGUCGUUCUUGGUUCUUCCAUCUCUUUACUUGCGCAAAGUGCUCUCUGCCGUGUUUGAGGAUUCCUUGUUGACAGACUUUCUUAUAUUAUUCUUUACCGAGGCUUUGUUUUAUGGAGGAGUUGCAAUUUUUGUCUUCUUGAUUGAUAAAGUCUGGAGACCUCUGCAGCAAGUAGCACCAAAGAGUUACAUUUGGUCAAAAUCCAGAUUUUUCCGUAUUUCCUCAGUUACAACGAUGGUUCUGAGCUUGAUAAUACCACUUUUAACAAUGGGCAUGGUGUGGCCCUGGACUGGACCAGCAGCAUCAGCGACUCUUGCCCCUUAUUUGGUUGGACUUGUUGUACAGUUUGCAUUCGAACAGUAUGCACGGCAUCGGAAAUCACCUUCUUGGCCAGUUAUCCCUAUUAUCUUCAAGGUGUACAGGCUUCACCAACUGAACCGGGCAGCUCAGCUGGUGACGGCACUCACAUUUUCUGUCAGAGGAACAGAGACAACAAAUCAAACUCUGGCUAUCAUGAACUCAUUAGGAGCAUUACUGACUGUUCUUCAAAUUCUUGGCGUUAUUUGUGUAUGGUCCCUCUCAAGCUUUCUGAUGAGGUUUCUUCCCUCUUCAGACAUUCCAGAUCCCUGACUUCUUGAAGCUUUGGUAGAAACUUUGGAACAUGGGGAUAGCUCCCUACUGUAAAUUUGUUUACACAGAGUCGGUUGACAUGUUUGCAAGGUUUACAUUGCUUGAGGGCUACUUGAUGCACUCAACGGCUGAUUAACUGCAGAGAAAUUGUUCAGUUGGUAGGAAUGAUGCUGUAUUCGAAUAAUCAGCAAAAUAAGAUGCCUGAGCUGUGCAUACUGUAGAAUGUUGAUGCAUAGCAUGACGUGUUUCCAUGCUCUUCUUGUGGAUCAA